AUGCUUUGCUUUGCAACCGCCAAUGUCGGAGUUCCAACGGAUGAGCCGAGCCUGGCAGUGACGAAAGUCCGGAAACCUCCAAGUUUUCCAAAAUCGGAAGUGUUGUCUCCGCUUGCCCGAUCAAAAGAAGGUGCCAAGAGAUCCAAAACGGAUCCCAACCAAACCUUGUUGCCAACUCUGGAGAUGUGUCAGGAAGCCAUUCAAGCAGUAGGGAACCACCUGCCCAGAGUAGGAAAAACAGAGAUCACCGACCAAGCUGUGUUGAACAUGUUGAAGAAUGUAUUUCCUGACAAACGAAUCCACCGAGUGAUGGCAUGCAGGGGUACUGAAGAAGCAACACCAGAUCCUGCAAAAGCUGAGAUGCAUCCGGCGCCCAAUAUAGACCCAUUCGAGAGUCACUUGCAUGAGCCACCUGCCUGCAGUGAGAAACCAGGCUCCGAAGAGGGCCUUUCUCCAAGCAAUGUAAUUCCUGUGCCAGUGACCAAACCACCGAAUAUGGAGCCAGUGGAGAAUGUUCCCAAGAUGCACGCCAAAUCGAUGCCUUCAAGUUACCCAGAAGCCAGAGCGGAGGAAGGAUCCAAUACCCCCUACUCUGCGGCCUCGAGGUCAGUUUGCAAAGGGUGA